AAUAUUUCCCCCUUUCCCCUUUGUUUGUAACACAAACGAUGUACAAGAAACUCAGACCUAGAAUUCCGAUUAUAUACAUAUUUCCAUAACCACCGAUUUAGUUCUGAAACGGUGUGAAAGUUUCUCAAUCUAGAUCGAUGAAGCAAGAUACUAAUACAGAAUCGAUUAGAAAAGUGAAGUGAAGAGAAGCUUACAUAUAGUAACAGCUGAUGUCGUAGUCAGAGACCGAAUAAACGCAACUUUGGAGGUUGAAGAAAGCAAGAUUGAAUAAAUGUUGUAUCUCAAGAUAUUAGCGAAAAGUGAAGCUGUUCAAAGGAAAACCCUGAAAAUCUUUAACAACGGAAACACAAUCAGGCAUUCAUCAACACUGCUGGAACUAUCUACAAGAAGAUUCAGAAUGAAAUCAAAAAUGUAUCAAAUGAGGCAAUCUUUUGGAUUAAAGUUGGAUGUGUGGCAAUCUGGGGCCUUCAGGAGGAAGAGUUGGCUCUGCUUCUCAAGUUGGUGGCUGUUGCACUUAAAAAAUAUCAAAGCAUGUCAAGGGACCAAAAUGGCUUCCAUUUCUCAUAGGGGUAUUUCUGCUUGGAGAAGAGGAUCUUGGGAAAAGAAAGCUAAGAGUGCAAAGGAAAUUGAAGCAAGGAAGGAGUGGGAAGCAGGAUUUACCUCAGCUAGCAUCUUAUGGAGGUGGUGGAGCCUGUGUCAAGUGAUCCGAGAGUUGGAGUUUAUCUUCCGAGUCGACAUCUGCGAGGUACAUCAGGGGUCGUGGCAAGGCAAAGGCGUGACCGUACCGCUCCUCAUCCUUAUGCUGUGAUUUUGGGACACUCUGAUGGAUAUUGAUUUGAAAACAUUUUGUAAACAAUACUAUUUGACUUUUAUUUAUGAUUUAAAAAGUUUGAAUUUGGCGUGAAAUUUAUGGAUGUUACAAGUUCGGUAUCAGAGCCUUGGUUUGAGUGAAUUGGAGGAACACUCGUGUGAAUCCAGUCUUAAAUCAAGGGGAUUUUCGGAAAGAAAGUUUUUAAAAUGGUUUUGAAAAUAAAGGAUGGAGGAUGCAGAGGGUACGAUCAGCCGGAGCCUGUAAGUAAACCC